AGUUAACGAUCGUAUAAUAUCGGUGAAUGGAGUUUCUUUGGAAAAUGUUGAGUAUGCCACUGCGGUACAAGUGUUAAGGGAUAGCGGCAACACAGUAACACUUGUUGUUAAACGACGCGUGCCUGUAAGUUCCGCAGCUCAAAUCCGGCAGUCGCAGGCCAUAAGUUCGAUAGGAAUAACAGCACCGAAUUCGAGUGGAAUACCCAUUCAUGGAUCAAGCGUAAUACCUGGAGCAAUGAGUCAAUCUAACUCUUUGAAUGGUUCUCCUUUGCAAAGCAAUGCAGCACAGCCAAUUAAAGUGACUCUCUCGAAGGCAAAUAAAAAGGAUGAUUAUGGCAUUGUUCUAGGAUGUAGAUUAUUUAUAAAAGAAAUUUCGACGAAGGCGCGCGAUCAACUAGCCGCAAACGGUUAUUCCCUACAAGAAGGUGAUGUGAUCACAAGAAUUCACAAUUCAAAUUGUGGAGACACAAUGAGCUUAAAAGAGGCUAAAAAAUUGAUCGAUGCCUGCAAAGAACGUUUGAACUUAGUUGUGUUGCGGGAUAUUACCAACCAGGCAGUAACUGCAAUGACUAAUCAAUUGAACAACUCCACAACACCAUCGAAUGUAUACAUUAGUCACCAGGCACAAGUUUCGAAUUGUAGUAAUAAUCUCGAUGAUCCAUAUUUAAAUGGAGGAACGAAUUAUUCAUCACAGAAUCUGUAUGUUCAACCGCCGACACGCUCUUUAGGACAUGGAACAUCGAAUGGUUUAAACGACGAAAAAAGUAAUCUAACACCAAGGGGUCGUUCUCGGGGACCCAUUAUGGAUGCUGUUUCAUUUUCACAACUUGAUCGCCCUGUAACGCCUCCAAAUGAGAGUCGUGCACGCACCGAUGAGCCUCCGCGACCCCCACCUCCUCGAGGCAAUGUUGGUAGAAGCGCGGACAGUUUUUAUAGUUCCCGUCGACAAAUUUACGAAUCUGAUCAGUUGUCGCAACCGAAGCAAUCAUCGGAGCCACGUUUCAUAUCGUUUCAAAAAGAGGGAAGUGUGGGAAUACGAUUAACUGGGGGAAACGAGUCUGGAAUUUUUGUUACAGCCGUACAACCCGGCUCACCAGCAUCUUUGCAAGGACUAACGCCUGGAGACAAGAUUUUAAAAGUCAAUGAUAUGGACAUGCAUGGCGUGACACGUGAAGAGGCAGUUCUUUUUCUUCUCAGCCUGCAAGAUCGCAUCGAUUUGAUUGUACAAUAUUGCAAAGAAGAGUAUGACGAAGUGGUGACGAAUCAACGUGGCGAUUCUUUUCAUAUUAAAACUCAUUUUCAUUGUGAAAAUCCCUCAAAAGGUGAGAUGGCUUUCAAAGCCGGAGACGUAUUUCGAGUGAUUGACACGCUCCAUAAUGGCGUCGUCGGUUCGUGGCAAGUGCUUAAAAUAGGACGAGGGCAUCAGGAGAUGCAGCGUGGUGUCAUACCAAACAAAUCACGAGCCGAAGAGUUGGCGACGGCACAAUUUAAUGCUAAUAAAAAAGAAAUGAGUUCUAACGAGUCCCGGGGAAAUUUCUUCCGUAGAAGACGGUCUACUCACCGCCGUUCAAAGAGUCUUUCCAGGGAAAACUGGGAUGACGUGGUUUUCGCUGAUAGUAUAUCAAAAUUCCCCGCGUAUGAACGCGUACUUCUGCGUCAUCCAGGGUUCGUGCGCCCUCUUGUACUCUUUGGUCCAGUCUCUGACUUGGCACGUGAAAGGCUUGCUAAAGAUAUUCCGGAUAAGUUCUCAGUACCAUUACAAGAUGAUGAUAAGUCGAAUUCCAAAUGUCGGAUAGUGCGAUUAUCAAAUAUAAGGGACAUAAUGGAUCGCGGUAAACACGCUCUGUUAGACAUAACGCCCAACGCAGUCGAUCGUCUAAACUACGCGCAAUUAUAUCCCAUUGUCAUAUUCCUGAAGACUGACAGUAAACAUGUCAUAAAACAAUUACGCCAUGGGUUGCCAAAAUCAGCACACAAAAGCUCUAAAAAAUUAUUAGAACAAUGUCAAAAAUUAGAACGUAUCUGGUCACAUAUAUUUAGCACACAAAUAGUGCUGAGCGACGAAGAAUCAUGGUACCGAAAAAUGCGGGAUGCAAUUGAUCUACAACAAAGUGGAGCGGUGUGGAUGUCCGAAUCAAAGUCGUAACAACUCCGUGACGCAAGCAGAUUACAGCAAACAGCCGAAUAAUCCCCAUUUGAUUGCAUCGCCACAAAACAUCAAUGGCAACAACAACAGUGGUAGCGGAAAUGGGGCUUCAAACAACAGUGCCUGCGGUCCAUUCAAACCAGUUCCACCGCCGAAGCCUAAAAAUUAUCGCCCACCAAUGCAAGGGACCAAGAGUACCGGCGA